GAUAGAAAACGAGAUUAGAUCGGAGAUGUCAGGGUUACUGAGGACUUCGGGACAUGAUCAUUCAGCGCAGGAUUACAGGCCCAGCCUUUUGACCCCUGACCCUUGCCAGCUGAGUGAGGAUGACCUCCCGAGUGACCUGCAGUCCUUGUCUUGGCUGACAUCUGUUGAUGUCCCCCGUUUACAACAGAUGGCGACAGGUCGCAUGGACUUUAACCUGAGUGCCCAGAAUCCAACGUUGACAACGCAAACAGGCCUGGUUCUCCAUGACAUGUCUAACAAUAUGACGCCAACAUCAGUCCAAGGAGCCAUGAUCCAGGUACAGGCAACUAUGCAGCAUGGCAUCAUGGGAUUGAACACCAUGACCACACAUGGGCAAAAUUACUCUGUUACAGGACAACACCCAUCUGGGUUUCAGACACAGCAGUCCCUUUACCAAGCACACUCUCAACAGCUGUACAGUCUUUCACAACCUGGCCAGCAGUGCUCUCCUGGAAAUAUUUACAGCCCAACUUACCAUACACAGUCUCAGUAUGCACAGCCCCGACUUGCCACUCACAGUGACCAGGACCUCCAACCCAAGACCUACCCCAAACCCAUCUACUCUUACAGCUGCCUGAUUGCCAUGGCACUGAAGAACAGCAAGACAGGAAGUCUCCCAGUCAGUGAGAUCUACAGCUUCAUGAAGGAGCACUUUCCCUAUUUCAAGACUGCUCCAGAUGGCUGGAAGAAUUCUGUCAGGCACAACCUCUCGCUGAACAAGUGCUUCGAGAAGGUGGAGAACAAGCUGAGUGGGUCUUCACGGAAAGGGUGCCUUUGGGCACUCAACCCAGCCAAGAUUGAAAAGAUGGAGGAAGAGAUGCAGAAAUGGAAGCGCAAGGAUCUUGGAGCGAUUUGCAGGAGCAUGGCAAACCCAGAUGAACUGGACAAAUUGAUAUCUGAUCGGCCAGAAAACUGCAGGAGACUGUCAAAAUAUUCAGAGAGAACAAUCCACAUGGCAACACAGGUGACCAGCACACAAGGAAGCCUCACGAUGCCACAUCUCCCCCACCAGUCUGUGGCUACCCUUUCCUUGCAUCCCCUGCCUUUGCAUCACCAUAUCCAACAGCACCAGCAGCAGACGCGGAUUAGCCCUGACUCACCGGCACCAGCUCAGACCCCACCUCUCCACGCCAUGCCAGAUAUUAGCCACAGUCCUUUAUCACACCAUGGACCUAGCAGGGUUGCUUCUGAUUUAUUCUGCAUGACAACAGAUAUGAACACUGACGUUGAUGCCCUUGACCCAACCAUCAUGGACUUUGCAUUGCACGGAAAUCUAUGGGAAGAAAUGAAAGAUGAGAGUUUCAACCUGGACACGCUCAGUGCAUUUAGCACAUCUCCGCUCCGCCUCUCAGACUCUCCUCUUGGAAUAGUAGGUCUCACUCCUGUGUCCAGUGGAAGCGAGAAUUCAUUUUCUGAUCUACAGGUUACUGGUCUUUACACCACCUAUGCUAGCUUGGAGAAUGUCCCGGCACAAUACCUGAACACACAAGGGAAUAAGCCAAUAGCACUGCAAUAAAGCAAAGGUUCUCUGAUUUGGUGACCUGUUAAUAACCAAUGU